UGAUACAAGCAACAGGAGGUUUGAUAAAAACUAAUUCACGAUAUCAUAGACCUAAUUAUCCUUUUAAUAUCAGUUGGACACCGGAUACUACAACGAAAGGAUGUUUAUCACUUACAUAUGCAACAAGCUAUUCGCCAACCGUAUAUUUAAAUUUAUAUGAAGAAGAAAUCAGUUCACCAAUAAUAUCAUAUACAAUACCUACCACAUACGAGGCCAAUUUGAAAACUUUGAUAUUGCGAACUAACGAAUUAUUUUUAAGAAAAAAUACUUAUCAUUUAGUUAUUACCUUAAAAUAUGAUGGGUAUAACGAUGGAUAUUUUGGACUUAAGAGAAUAGCUCAAUGCAAUGAAGACGAAGAAGUCUACAAAAUAUCCGGAACUGAAGUUUCUUCCCUUUCAGCUAACAUCUAUCAACUAGAUGGCUCAAAAUCAGCUGAUUCCGACUCUUGUUUACAAAGAAUGCAAUAAAAACAAAUUUGGUUCUGACUGUUCUGGAACAUGCUCGACUCGGGAAACGUUUUGUCAACGCAUGCUAUUUUGUACUUCACGUUAUGGAUGCUCGUGUGCUUCAGGAUAUACCGGACAAUUUUGUGACCAAAAAUGUCCUUUGGGAACGUACGGUCGAGAUUGCCAAAAAAAAUGCGGAGAAAAUUGUAAUUCGUGCGAUAUCUAUACGGGCGUUUGCAUUGGUGGAUGCAAAAAUAAUUUCAUUUUACCAAACUGCACUGAAAAAUAUCCGUGGCUAAUAACUCCUCCGCAAUUGGUUUCAUCUGAUUAUAAUUCUGUUAAAUUAAAUGUAAGUUUUGAGAUUAAUAAUAUCGCCGGAAGCAAACAGAAAACUCCUUUAUACUAUCAAAUAGUUUACAAGCAAGCGACUAGCACUUCAAAUUUUGAUAUUUUGGAUAUUAAAAAAAUUGGCGAUUCUAACUACAACAUAGAAAAAAUCGACAAUUUAUUGCUGGGAACUGAAUAUACGUUUGGGGCCGUUGUAAUAACAAACGACGGAAAUUUUAACGAUGAGGACAUAAACACUAAAAGCUACAAAACUCAAUGUCUAAUCCCUAAGAACAUAGACUACAGACUAAAACUUGCUAAGGACGCCAAGAACAUUACUGUCACUUGGGAAAAGUACAACAAAAAAGAUAUCCUAGAAUGCGAGAUCAAAAAUUACAUGAUCAAAUUAAUAUUCAACCAGAAAAAAAAUCUGCAUGAAGUUGCAUAUACUUCAAGUAAUAAGUACGAUUUUUACAAUCUAGUACCGGGUCAUACUUACGCUGUUCAAGUCUCUGCAAUCACAACAUUUGGACCAACCGAACCUUCAGAUUUAUAUUAUGAAACCACAGACGUGCAAGGAUACAUCAGUAUCAGAAACAUCACGGCUAAUACAAUUGACUCCGAUACGAUUUUACAUUUAACAUGGGACUUGAAUAAUGACGAUAUAGAUGCCCCUAUAACUUACAUGAUCAAAUACAAGAUCAACCGACAUUAUAGUUGUUCUCGACGAACCGUCGAUAGUAAUUGGACCAAAAUAGUUAUUGACAAUAAAACGGAAUGUAAUAUACUGGAUUUAAUUCCCAAUACUCAGUACAUCAUAAAAGUAGAACCGAUCACAACUGGUUACACAUACGGCCCAAAUGAAAAUACGGUUUUCGGAAAAACAACCACAUCGACUCCUAGUUUAGCGCCAGUUUUAGACGUUAGCCAACCGAUAUAUGUGAAUAAUCAAACUGCUUUGAUAAAGUGGUAUGUGGAUAAAGAAAAAUGUAACAAGCUAAACGGAAUUGUAACGGGUUUCCACAUAGUGCUUAAGAAUUUAAUGGACAUGACACAAACAGUAAAAGAAACGGAGGAAACCGCAGUAGAAUAUACUAAUUUAAAUCCCACUACCGAUUACGAAUUAAGAGUAUACAUAAAAACCGACAAAGGGUUCAACGUGAACUAUGCGUUGUUAGUGCCUUUUAAAACCAAAUCAAAGUAUUUACCGCCAGUAGAGGAGUUGUCCGUCUACAAAAAAAACCCGAAAUCUAGAGAAAUUGGUCUGAGAUGGAACUAUCGCAACGAUACUGAAGUGAACGGUUUUAUAAUCCAAGCAAACCCAGACAGUCAAAAAACAAAUGUGAAACAAAAGACAAUAGAACCGCUUAAAUGUAAAGCAUGGCCUACGAUGUACUGCACAACGGUCGAUAACUUGACACGCAGUACCCAAUAUACAAUUAAAGUUUUAGCGAAGUCUGUAGAUUACCCGUCAGGAGGACUGCCGGGAUCUAUUAACUUUAAUACGAUGGAUGGAUCUCCAGACGAACCAAAAAACAUUAAAGCAAUCUGUGUUGACACCAAAAACGUGACAAUCGAAUGGGACAUCCCUUGGGUGUUUAACGGUGCUCUAAACUCGUUCAUAAUCAAUGUGGAAGAAAUAUCUGCUGUUGAUGCUGAUUCGUGUUGUGCAAGUUUUCCGGUUAUGGAGUUACAAGUGACUGAAGAAUUGCCAACAUACAACUACACGAUAAACGACCUGAAACCUGGUUCAACUUAUUUAAUUGGAGUAAUGUCGAAGACUUCGUGGUAUAGUCAAGCUAACAAAAUACAUGUUACCACGUUGUUAGACACAGCAGCUGAAAUGUUACCGUCUGAAGUAUCAGAGGACAAUAGUACAGAAACAAACUGAUUUACAGUGAUAUAAACAUAAUCAUAAUUAAGAUAUUUUUUAAAAGUUAUUUUAAUAUAUUCGUAUCGUUUAUA